GCGGCGGAUGGAGAGUCUGGCCGCGGCCGGCGGCGCCGCCUCCUCGUCGGGCCGGGCACGGCGGGCCGGGGCCUUUGUGUGCGGCGGCGGCGGCGAUGGUGCUCGGGCCCCGCGGAGCCGAUGAACUGUGCUGAUACAGAGGCAACUUCAUCGGAGCUGCUAAGAUGGGCAUGCGGAUCAAACUGCAAAGCACCAACCACCCCAACAACCUGCUGAAGGAACUCAACAAGUGUCGGCUCUCCGAGACCAUGUGCGAUGUCACCAUUGUGGUGGGGAGCCGCUCCUUCCCGGCGCACAAAGCCGUGCUGGCCUGUGCGGCCGGCUACUUCCAGAACCUCUUCCUCAAUACGGGGCUCGAUGCCGCCAGGACCUACGUGGUAGACUUCAUCACGCCCGCCAACUUUGAGAAGAUCCUGAGCUUUGUCUACACGUCAGAGCUCUUCACAGACCUGAUCAACGUUGGGGUCAUCUACGAGGUUGCCGAGCGCCUGGGUAUGGAGGACCUGCUCCGGGCCUGUCACUCCACCUUUCCUGACUUGGAGAGCACUGCCGUGGCCAAGCCCCUGAGCGGCACCGGUGAGAGCCACCCCGGUACCCAGAGCUGUAGCUCAGCAGAACCCGCCUAUCCCCUCGGAGACCUCCGGGGUGCGGGGGAGCACUUUGGGCCUGAUAGGAACUAUGUGUUGCCCAGUGAUGGUGGGGGAAGCUGUAAAGAGGAAGAGAGAAACGUCACCGGUGACAUUAACCAGAGCCUGCCUCUGCCACAGCAGCCACUGCCGCCAAAGACGGAAGAGCACGAUGCGCCUGCCCCCUUCACCCCCGCUCCUGGUGUGGUGACUACCCAGCCGGUCCUGGGCACUGUCAACAUGAGCAUCCAAACCAGCACGAGCUCCUGCCAGCCAUACAAAGUUCAGAGCAACGGAGACUUCAGUAAAAGCAGUUUCUUCACCCCGGACAACGCGAUCGACAUUACCACCGGGACCAACUCCUGUCUGAGCAAUAGCGACCACUCCAAAGACCCCAGCUUCGGUCAGAUGGAUGAGCUCCAGCUGGACGACCUGGGGGAUGAUGACUUGCAGUUUGAAGACCCCACUGAGGAGAUAGGCACAGCCGAGGAGGUGAUUGAGUUGAGUGAUGACAGUGAGGAUGAGCUGACUUUUGGAGAGAAUGACAACCGAGAGAAUAAGGCCAUGCCCUGCCAGGUGUGCAAGAAAGUUCUAGAGCCCAACAUUCAGCUGAUCCGACAGCAUGCUCGGGACCACGUGGACCUGCUGACCGGCAACUGCAAGGUCUGCGAGACCCACUUCCAGGACCGGAACUCCCGGGUGACCCAUGUUCUGUCCCACAUUGGCAUUUUCCUCUUCUCCUGCGACAUGUGUGAAACUAAGUUCUUUACCCAGUGGCAGCUGACCCUCCACCGACGGGAUGGGAUAUUUGAGAACAACAUCAUCGUCCACCCCAACGAUCCCCUGUCUGGGAAGCUGGGUUUGUUUUCGGGGGCGGCCUCGGCAGAGUUGAAAUGUGCUGCUUGUGGGAAGGCGCUGGCCAAAGAUUUCCACGUGGUGCGGGGGCACGUCCUUGACCAUCUGAACCUGAAGGGCCAGGCCUGCAGCGUCUGCGACCAGCGCCACCUCAACCUCUGCAGCCUCAUGUGGCACACGCUGUCCCAUCUGGGCAUCUCAGUCUUCUCCUGCUCUGUGUGUGCAAACAGCUUUGUGGACUGGCAUCUCCUAGAGAAGCACAUGGCCGUGCAUCAAAGCCUCGAAGACGCCCUCUUCCGCUGCCACUUGUGCAGCCAGAGCUUCAAGUCGGAGGCUGCCUAUCGCUACCAUCUCAGCCAGCACAAAUGCAACAGUGGCCUUGACGCGCGGCCCGGUUUGGGGCUACAGCACCCAGCUUUCCAGAAGCGGAAGCUGCCAGCAGAGGAGUUCUUGAGUGAGGAGCUGGCUCUGCAGGGCCAGCCUGGGAACAGCAAGUAUAGCUGCAAGGUCUGUGGCAAAAGGUUUGCCCACACAAGCGAGUUCAACUACCACCGGCGGAUCCACACGGGCGAGAAGCCGUACCAGUGUAAGGUGUGCCACAAGUUCUUCCGAGGCCGCUCGACCAUCAAGUGCCACCUGAAGACACACUCAGGGGCCCUCAUGUACCGCUGCACUGUCUGUGGCCACUACAGCUCCACCCUGAACCUCAUGAGCAAGCAUGUGGGCGUGCACAAGGGCAGCCUCCCGCCCGACUUCACCAUCGAGCAGACCUUCAUGUACAUUAUCCAUUCCAAAGAGGCGGAAAAGAACCCGGACAGCUGACUGGGUCCCAGCAGGGCUGGGGGGAGCUCCCAGGCGGCAGCCAGGACGUAGGUUUUCUAAUGGCUGUUGGUCCCCCUCCAGCCGAAGUUUCGAUUUUGCCUUGCUAGGAGUUCUGUUCUGUCUUGUGUUGAAAGAAGAAAAAAGAAGAAAGAGCACACGAGCUGUUACUGUUUUUUGAGAAGCAACGGCCCUAUCAUGUUUACCUCCUUACCUGUUCUUGCCCACGAAGGGCCGUGUUUUUUAUUCUUUGGAGGAUGGUUUUGGGAUCUGGUCAGGCAGUUGGUGUCAACUGGAUCCCCUCUCCCAGCCUCUUAAGUUUUAGUUUACUGAUAGGUUUUAUGCUGCUAAGAAUCCAACCAACAGCCUCACUGAAUAGAGGAAGGUGGAGAGAGGUUUUCACUGUGGGUAUUCUCGCCAGAUUUCCAACUGGGACACCCAGCUAUGAGAGAUUUUGGGAAUGUGGUCAUUGAGAAGAGACUCGUCAGCAGGGCAGCUCGCCUCCGGGUCUAGGCCUCGCCCUCAGCAGGGGAAGGGCAGGUGGGCCGGAGGUGCCUGCUCCCAUCUGCUGACGGGAUGGUAAAAUCUUUCGGCAGCUAGAUCCAAACUGGGGACAGAGCUUUCUGUUUAGGUCAGAAAGCUUCAGGAUGAGUCCUUGCCAGUCAGAAGAGGUGUCCUAUGGCGCCGCCGGAAGUGGCAGCCUGCUGGGACAGGAAGGGAGGUGUCUCUUUUCUCCUCAAUUCCAAAGAAAUUUGAUUUUAUGGAGCUAUAGCCAGGCUGUCAAGCCUUCCCUGUGUGGCCAAGAGGACAGGGAGCCCCUUUGAUAGGUCAUCUGCCAUCUGGCUACCUCCGUCGACCUUGAGUUUCCUGGUGGAGAGGAGGGGAUGUCUCUCGACAGCAGCAGCCUUGCCUUAACCGACAUCCAGUCUCCCACCUAGAAGUGUGUUUGACCUGUGGUGUAGACGAGAAGCCCCGUGAGGUGGAGGAGUGAUGGACUGUGAGGCCUUCCGGGUGGGAGGGACCCGAGUAACUGGGGGUGUGUAGCGGGAUGUGCGUUCCGGUUCUGUCUGUCCCAGGGUAACCUGUUGUUUACUUUGUGCUAACUGGCCGCAGCUUUGGCAGCUCACCUUUGACCUGCUGGAAUUUAUCCUGAUCUGUCAUUGCAUCGCCACCAGGGGGCGCCACAGGACGGCAGCUGGUUCGGGUCCACCCGAGGUGGCUGGGGUGGAGUGGGCCCAAUCCUUGGGGCUGGUGGGCUCCAUUCCUGCCCCAAGAAAGCCUGAGGGAGAGGCCCUCGGAUCUCGCAUAUUCACAAGGUAGCACCUCAGUAACUCAUUCUACCUCACGCUGCCCCGGGGAGCUCUGAGAGUCCCUGGCCUAGGCCCUGACACUGCCCCUGGUGGGACUCAGCAGCACCCUGGGCUGUUUCACAAGCAAGUGGUUUUAAUUAACUCACAAAGCCUUUUUGGACAUUGAUAUUUAUUUAUUUUUGCUUUUAUAUACAUGUUACCCAGCAUCUCUUUCAGAUAAGUGACUUCAGGAAAAGGAGUUUGUCCCCAGCAAGUAGCCAUAUUCCUGGGGACAGUCUUGGCCAGAGAUUUGGGAGAUGGGGGCUAGA